CCGGGUCAGCUGACCGCGCGUGGUCACGUGACCUGGCCCGAGUGCGGUCUGUGGAAAGCGGAAGUGGGAGAGGAGUUGGGCGCCGCUUCUGUGGCCGCUGCAGUGUCCUGGUAAUGACAUGGCAUCUGCCAGCUCCAGCCGGGCAGGGGUGGCCCUGCCUUUUGAGAAGUCUCAGCUUAUCCUGAAAGUGGUGUCAGCAAAGCCCAAGGUGCAUAGUCGUCAACCUCGAAUUAACUCCUUUGUGGAAGUGGCUGUGGAUGGACUCCCCAGCGAGACCAAGAAGACUGGAAAGCGAAUUGGGAGCUCUGAGCUUCUCUGGAACGAGAUCAUCAUUUUGAAUGUCACAGCCCAGAGUCAUUUAGACCUGAAGGUCUGGAGCUGCCACACCUUGAGAAAUGAACUGCUAGGCACCGCCUCCGUCAACCUCUCCAAUGUCCUGAAGAACAAUGGGGGCAAAAUGGAGAACACACAGCUGACCCUGAACCUGCAGACAGAGAACAAAGGCGGUGUUGUCUCGGGUGGUGAGCUGACAAUUUUCCUGGACGGGCCGACUGUUGAUCUGGGAAGCGUGCCUAAUGGCAGUGCCGUGACGGAUGGUUCGCAGCCACCUUCGAGAGAAUCCAGCGGAACAGCCGUCGCUCCAGAGAACCGCCACCAGCCCCCCAGCACAAACUGCUUUGGUGGGAGAUCCCGGACGCACAGACAUUCAAGUGGUUCAGCCAGACCAGCCACAGCAGCCGGAGAGCAGAGCCCCGGUACUAGCAGCCGGCACCACCAGCCCGUCAAGAACCCGAGCCACAGUGGCUUGGCCAAUGGCACAGUGAAUGACGAACCCACUGCAACCACCGAUCCAGAAGAACCCUCUGUUGUUGGUGUGGCGUCCCCGCCUGUUGCAGUGUCCAGUGUGACCCCGAACCCCACCACCGCGGCUAUCCCUGCCACGGCCACGCCGGCCGAAGGGGAGGAGCCCAGCACUUCGGGCACUCAGCAGUUCCCUGCAGCUGCCCAGGCCCCCGAUGCUCUGCCUGCUGGAUGGGAGCAGCGAGAGCUCCCCAACGGGCGUGUCUAUUAUGUUGACCAUAACACCAAGACCACCACCUGGGAGCGGCCUCUUCCUCCAGGCUGGGAGAAACGCACAGACCCCCGAGGCAGGUUCUACUAUGUGGACCACAAUACCCGGACCACCACAUGGCAGCGCCCCACAGCCGAGUACGUGCGGAACUACGAGCAGUGGCAGUCCCAGCGCAGCCAGCUCCAGGGCGCCAUGCAGCACUUCAGCCAAAGAUUCCUCUACCAGUCUUCAAGUGCUUCCACUGACCAUGACCCACUGGGCCCGCUCCCUUCUGGCUGGGAGAAGAGACAGGACAACGGACGGGUGUAUUACGUGAACCACAACACACGCACAACCCAGUGGGAAGACCCUCGCACCCAGGGGAUGAUCCAGGAGCCGGCUCUGCCCCCAGGGUGGGAGAUGAAGUACACCAGCGAGGGGGUGCGCUACUUCGUGGACCACAAUACCCGCACCACCACCUUUAAGGAUCCUCGCCCGGGGUUUGAGUCAGGGACGAAACAAGGUUCCCCUGGCGCCUACGACCGAAGUUUUCGGUGGAAGUAUCACCAAUUCCGUUUCCUCUGCCAUUCAAAUGCUCUCCCCAGCCACGUGAAGAUCAGUGUUUCCAGGCAGACACUUUUUGAGGAUUCUUUCCAACAGAUCAUGAACAUGAAACCCUAUGACCUGCGCCGCCGGCUCUACAUCAUCAUGCGUGGCGAGGAGGGCCUGGACUACGGGGGCAUCGCCAGAGAGUGGUUUUUCCUCCUGUCCCAUGAGGUGCUCAACCCCAUGUACUGUUUAUUUGAAUAUGCCGGGAAGAACAACUACUGCCUGCAGAUCAACCCUGCCUCCUCCAUCAACCCUGACCACCUCACCUACUUCCGCUUUAUCGGCCGAUUCAUCGCCAUGGCUCUGUACCAUGGAAAGUUCAUUGAUACAGGCUUCACACUUCCUUUCUACAAGCGGAUGCUAAACAAGAGACCAACCCUGAAAGACCUGGAAUCCAUUGACCCCGAAUUCUACAACUCUAUUGUCUGGAUCAAAGAGAACAACCUGGAGGAGUGUGGCCUAGAGCUGUACUUCAUCCAGGACAUGGAGAUCCUGGGCAAGGUGACAACCCACGAGCUGAAGGAAGGGGGCGAGAGCAUCCGAGUGACAGAGGAGAACAAGGAAGAGUACAUCAUGCUGCUGACUGACUGGCGUUUCACCCGGGGCGUGGAAGAGCAGACCAAAGCCUUCUUGGACGGCUUCAACGAGGUGGCCCCCCUGGAGUGGUUGCGCUACUUUGACGAGAAAGAGCUGGAGCUGAUGCUGUGCGGCAUGCAGGAGAUAGACCUGAGCGACUGGCAGAAGCACACCAUCUACCGGCACUACACCAAGAACAGCAAGCAGAUCCAGUGGUUCUGGCAGGUGGUGAAGGAGAUGGACAAUGAGAAGAGGAUCCGGCUGCUGCAGUUUGUCACUGGGACCUGCCGCCUUCCUGUUGGGGGAUUCACUGAACUCAUCGGUAGCAACGGCCCACAGAAGUUUUGCAUUGACAAGGUUGGCAAGGAAACCUGGCUGCCCAGGAGCCACACCUGUUUCAACCGGCUGGACCUGCCGCCAUACAAGAGCUAUGAACAGCUGAAGGAGAAACUGCUGUACGCUGUUGAGGAGACCGAGGGCUUUGGACAGGAGUAACUGGGGCUGUCCCCCACCCCCAACCCCCAGCACAUGUGUAGUCUUGAGUCCUCCUUGCCCGAGAGGCCGCUGGCCCUGUAGCCCCCAGGAGGCCCCUACGGAUGGUCGUCCCAUUGUAGGACCACACUGUCAUCAGGCUGGUGGCAGCAGAGCCUGACCUCAAGAGGCCCUGCCCUGCCUUUCGCUCUUCCCCACUGGUGGUAGUCUGGAAUAAAGCCCCCAUGUCACCCUUGGCCCCAUCAGCCAUUGCAAAGUCUAGAGGGCUGACCUUCUCUGGAAAACUCAUCCUUCUCCCUUGAGACCAACCCUAGGUUUGUGUGAGUGUGCAAGGGAGGGUGCCCUGUGCUGAAGCCCUGGGCCUCACAGGCUGGUUAGGUGAGAGGGAGACUGGCCAUUUGGGGUAGCUUUUCUGGGCUGAGGAAGCCCAGGGUCUUUGUCAGUAAAAGAGGUUCUAUUUUGUAUAGAACUCUUCCAGUGAUCUAUAUAAAUGAAGGUCUGAGGGAGGGGAGCUCUGGACCAAGGUCAGCUCUUGUUCCUGGCUAGCCAGCUCCAGCCAAGGAGGCCGAGCAGCACGGCCGCGCUCCUCUCAGUGCAGCCAGCUCCAGCCAUAGGGGCCGAGCAGCACGGCCCCGCUCCACUCAGUGCUGGCCAGUGUGUCCCCGCCAGCAGGCAGAGGGUCGUUACCAGUUGCUGGGAUGUCAGGGGAUGGAAACGCCCUCAGACUUUCCUCUCCCUUUUACAUAAACUUGAAGUAUUCUGUGCAUAGGGCCGCUUUGUGUUCUGUGGUUGGUAAGCUGCUGUCACUUCCUGUCAAGGAGCUGGUGCGCCAGGCAUGGCUGGGACCCAGAGGCACACAGCACCGUUGGUCCAAGAAUUUCCCAAACAGCUGCUCCUCUUAGGAGCCUGCUUCACAGUUCUGUGAGCUCGGGCAGGCCUGACCCAGUGGCUCAGCUUCCCAGCAGCCUUAUCCCCGAGCCUUUGACAGAGAAGGGGGAAGGGGAUUAUUGUCCUGAGUGUCACCCCAACCUCGCUGCCUCCAAGAGAGGAGAACUCCCUUUGCUAGAUGGAGUGAUGGGGUGCAUGGGGCUGACCUGCUAAGACCCUGGACCUCCAGGCGGCUCGUGCAUCCGGAUGGAAAAUGAAGAGUGUUCCUGCUACUGUAGAGUGUGUUCACUCUGCCUCGAAGUGUGGCUUUACCUGCACAAAAGAGAUGAUGCUCUUGGAAACCAGCAGAAGGGCCCUGAGCUGCUCUGCACAGUCUGACUUGAUUGCUGGAGCUCCUGCCGACCUCUGCUGUGGGCGUCCUGCCACGUGUUCAGAUCUUUCAGGCGAACACACUCCUUUGGGAUGCUGGAGUGGUGAUUGUCGCUGGGUCCCCGUGCAGGUCCUCAGGCUACCCAUGGCGUUGUCUGAGGACAGGCUCGUGCUCCCAGGUCCUCGUCCUCCCCUCUCCACCCUGGCCCGUGUCUGCUCUGUUGUGUGUACUGAUGUGAGCGGCUCAGCUCACUGCAGCCCAACCUCCUCCUUCCCUCGGAUGGUUGGCUGUGCUUCCCUGCGGUGUCUCACCGUGUUGGGGAUUGGGGCGCAAGCCACCAUGCCAUGCAGGGUUUGGGAGCCUCAGGCUCAUGGGCGUGCAGAGUGCGUUCAUGUGGGUGUGUGUGUACAUACGUGUAUAUAACUGAGGUGUCUGUACGGAAUGCCCUUUGGUAGCUCUGAGCUGGUCACCAGAUUGUUUUGUAAUGCCCACCCCCUUGCCCUUGGUAUUGCCAGUUUCUUGUGCAAUAAACAAUCAGCAGCUGUGGGCAGUGUUGGCGUGGAUGUGUCCAAAGUCACUGUCCUCCAGGCAAAAGGUCUCUGGGCCCCACGGACCUUCCAGGUCUACACGAAUGGAAAUGUUAUGACCUUGCUGGUUUUGAGAAGUGUGUGUCAUUAACCGAGGCAGCCACACUUCUGAUGGGUGGCCCAGUCUUCAUCUAAGGAUCAUGGGCUUCAGCCCUCAUUUAUUUGCCUCACGGCUACCUUUGGCCUGGGCUUCUCUGAGCAGUUGCCAUGGCACCAGUGCAUCAACAGCCCGAGGCUGCAAGUUGGACAGGUUUUAGGAACCAGCUCCUGGGUAGCCAUUCAUCUGAGAAACGUUUCCUGUUUUCUUGAAUUCCGUGAUGAUAGAGGGAUACCCUGGACUUGAGCUCAUGGUCAGCCAGGGGCUUGCCGCCCACUUUUUUGAACUUAAAGGUUCUGAUGGGAUCCAUCAGCGCAGUCUCGAUGCCUUUGACAUGGAAGUGAUUUUGUCCUGGAUCAAGCCUUGCUCUGAUCUGGCGUCUUUCUGGGGUGGGGUGCGGGGAGGCAGAGGUGUGCAGAGCAUCUUCUCCUGGGAGUUCAUCUACCCCAACACCAAAGCCGUUUCUCAUUUGACAGGGCUAUGCUGUACUUUGAGGAGGUUUUGACAAAAGUUCAUAUGUUAUACAGACAUCUCAUAAUAAAUUCAAAUAAAACA